GUUCAGUCUGCGACCCGGCUUCCUCAUCAGGAGGCCGCGGAUCUGUACUUCGCACCUCUUAUUCGCCCCUUUCGUCUGGGACCGUCGAAAAAAUGCACGAGAGAUAACCGCGCAGAGCAAGCACGAACAAGUGCUGCUGGCUCGAAUGCACACCUAGGAAGGUACUUCCGACCGAGGGAGCACCUGGUGCGAAAGAAAGAGAAAGAGAGAAAGAGAGACAGGCAGAUAGUUAGCAGGUCGCCAAGUUAUCGUUCCCGACGUAAUCCUGGACUGAAUGUGGAUACGAGGAGAAAAGUGUUACGUUAUUAUGUCGAUAGCCUCUUCAGCUCAGUUUCGCACGCCGAUGUUCGCCUCGCGAGUGAUAUUCGCGCGACUCGAGCCGAAUAAGAUCGCACGACUUGGCGGUCCAUCCGCGAAGCUCGUAGUGCGACGAAGUUAAUCGGCCGCAAGAAGCGUCGCGGACGUCGAGUGAUGUAAUUCGGCGAAAUUGUAACUGCCGCUUGUCAAAGGAAUUUCGCCGGUGCGGCGUCCCGCUGCGUGUGCCGGCGGAGAAAGAACUCGAUUGCAACUUAUCUGGAAGAGGAAAAUGAAAUUCCGGACGAACGAGAUUUGCAAGGUUAUCCGAUGAACUUAGUUCGUGAAGAACAGCCUGAAGUGAGGCGUGGCGAGUCGAGGAAAUAGACGCGACAGGUAGUCGGAAAUUCCAGAGGUCUCGCAGAAGUUUGAGGACACUCUCCCAGAGACCGGCGGUGCCAACAAACAUGUUUUGGGUCGAAUCCGACGAGGAAGAAGAGGCGCUAUUAUGCAGCCCUGCUCUGAUGGCCAGACGGGCUUCGGAGUCAUGGAUCGUCGCGCCCCCCGUGGAGGCGAUGCCGGCGGCGGCAAUGCCACUUCAACGAAAGAAGUCACUGCCGGACGUGGCGCAGCCGAUCCAGCUAACAGCCACGGCGCCAUUGUCAAGGGAGGAAGUCAGUGUCCUGAGCAGCAUGAGGAGAGAGGAGAUACGCAGGCAGAUCGACGAGCACGAGAGACUCAGGGCCAAUCCAUUUUUGUACCUGGUCAGUCCUCAGGUUAAGGACUGGUUCUCCCGGCAGCAGCUCGUGAUGCUGGUGCUCUUUAUCAACAUAUCCCUAGCCUUGAUGUUCUUCAAGCUGCUGACGUAGCAGCCAGCCGACGAUCGGGUUCACGGACUCGUGGUGGACGUGACCUGAGACCCGACGGCGUCGCGACGACGCCUCGGGUCGUCACCGAAGCAGAAUUUCGACAGGGGCAAUGACGGAGGGUGCGGCCGCACUGAAAACCACUGGCAACGACUUUCGCGAGCGAUCCGCUCGGUCUCGCGCGGACUUCGCGCGGGGGAACAACCGAAUUGGGGAGCGACGCGAAGUGAGAGGGAGGACUCGCGAGGAGGAUCAACCUCGGGCGAGGAUUUUGUCACACGCGACGCAGAGGAUCGUGAUCGAGUUCCAAACGAUGUCCAGGAUUACGAACGAUCGCGAGGACGCUGAAGCGGACGACAGUCGGGAACGGAGAGUCCUCCUGAGAUAUCGCGGGGACCCGAGGAUCGGUCCCCAUCUUUUGGAUGCUGUAAAUUAAAGGGGAUUCGAAAGAAACACGCCGAGCGACGCGGCUCGAAGGGGAUCCGGAAACGGACGACCCUCGACGGGUUUCGCGUGUCGCGGGAACGAUGGCAUGUAAAGCGAGCCGCCUUUAAAUAAAGUUGUCUCUGCGCUCCGGAA